CCAAGUUACAUUUUUGCCAUGUGUUUGCUAGUGUUAGCAAUAAUCAGAAUAUUAUUAAUCAUGAUAACUGAUCAUUCUUCUCAUUAGAGUUGUAUUCAUUUAGUUUAAAACUCAAAGCAUUGGAUUUUCCAGGGUAAAAAGCUUGACUGAAAUUUCAGUAUAGUUUUUGCAAAAUACUCUCGAGUUACUGUUAUUUUGUAAAGGUGAGGUUAAUCGUUCGAACUAAUCUGAUAUCUAGCGGUUGACCAACUGAAUCACAGCUCUGACACCAAAUCCCCUGGUCUCCUACGCAUGCAAAUUGGCCAGUUUAACAAUUAUACGACUAAUGAAGAUAGUGUGUGUCUCCGGUAUGGAUUUAUUGUUCUGAAAAGAAGAACAUUUCCUUUCCAAUUGGUUAGGGAUUAUCUGGAGAAAAUUAGAAGUUUCAAACUCCCCUUUGAACUCUAUUUGAGAGGAUCAAUGCUGCGUUAGAUCGACGCAGGCGCCCAUCACUGCCCUCAACCGUAUAGCAUGGUAUAUAGCAGUUAACGUUAGGUGGCCUUGUCACUCGUAUAUCGUGAGGUUUCCAUUAUAGAUUUGUAGAAAACCUUAAUUAUCAGUUGUUAAAUAUAGUCAAUAUGUCUAGAAAUGGCUACUUCAUGUAUUUUGCUUUUGGAAGCAAUUUGUUGAAGGAACGGCUUCAGCUAAAAAAUCCGUCAGCGACAUUUUUCUCUACUGGUCGACUUAAGGAUUAUGUCCUGAGGUUUGGCUUGUGGGGAGAGAGGGUACAGUGCAGGUGGAACGGCGGAGUUGCCACCAUUGAGGAAAGCAAGGAGGCAGAGGUGUGGGGGGUGGUCUGGAAACUCAGCGAGGACAACCUUGACUCUCUGGAUAAACAGGAGGAGGUGUACAGUCCCCUGGAGGUUACCGUGGAGACAGAGAGUGGACUGUUGAUCUGUCGGACAUACCAAAUGAACAACUUCAGCGACUGCUUGCCCUCUCCCCAGUACAAACAGGUUCUGUGCCUGGGUGCCCAACAAAACGGCUUGCCAAUCCAGUACAUCAAGAAACUGCAAGACGUGGAGACCAACAACUACAGCGGGCCAUCAUCCAUCAUGGAUGAGAUCAAACUUGUGAUGAACUAGGCAGGGAUGUGCCUGAGAAGACUCAUGUUGGACGUCUAGGCAGAUGUCCCUUUCAGUGGACAUCACCCGGAAAUGGUGCUUUGCCACCACCACAGGCAAAUCAGUUUGCUUUCUCUUGAUUUGUUCUCGCCUCCUCCAAAACUGUUCUCAUAGGUUUAAAAAAAGAAAAGAAAAAUGUUUUAUGGGGGGAUCUGGUUGGACAUAAGUUGAACACUAGAGAAGGAAGAUGCUUUUUGUUCUAAUGAAUGAUCAACUGCACACAAAUCCAUUCAUAGUGACACAGACCCUCCAGACCUCUCAGGAUAUGGAUGGAGAAAUGAAUGUUGUAUAUAAGACUGGACUCCAUAAACUCCAUAAACAUAGACACCUUCUUGUACAGCUAAAGUUUAUUUUUUACAAUCAUCGGUGUCAAGUUGUACAGGAAAAAAUAACUCCAGUAGGAGCUCACAUAGGAGAAUUAACACCACUCCUAAUCCUUUUAGAGCACUGUCAUAAUUGCUUGUUUUUAUCCCUAAUAAUGUAAUUAUUAUCUAUUCAUGCAGACCACCUGUGCUUUAUCAGAAUAAAAGACACAGAUAAAACUAUAUCAUAGCAAAUUAAUGGUAUUUGGUAAAUUGAUAUAGUGGUAGACUGAUCCAUACUAGGACAUUUAAAUGCAUCAGUCAUUACAUCACCUGUUAUUAAAGUGUUCAGUGAUUUUCCUGCAGGUGUACAUAUCUUUGUUAUUAAUUUAUAAAACAAUGUAAUCUGCAGUGGUCUUUUUUUGAUUAAAUGACUAAGCACAAA